UUGUAGCCAUGGCAACCAAGCAACACGAUGAUCUUCCCUAGCGACCAGUAAAGUGAAAACUGAGCCAUUUUACAUGCAGAGAUGACUCUGAAAGAAGCAGUACGGCAUAUUGAUCAGAUUUCAAAAGCAAAGCCAAUACCAGAAGGUUUCUUGGAAGACAGGAGGUCUGUGUACUGGAGGAGUGGUAUACUGCCUAAAGAUUACUCCAAAACAACUGAAUUUGCACUAACUCCAAGACUUUCAGAAUUAUCAAGGCCUAAAACUCCUCACAAGUAUUACGUUCCAGAUAGGCCUACUCCAAAAUGGGACAUUAACCCAGCAGCACUUGUCACCUCUAGCACUCCUCGACUAAACGAACUAGCAAGACACAAGACACUACCACCAGAAUACAAGCCACCAAGACCACUGUUUACAAAGGUUUCACAAAGGGCGCUAUCAGCCUGUCCAUCUCCUCGAAUCAGUCAACUAGCAUCACACAAGAACUAUCCAUCGCUACCAAUAAAGCCACAGAGUGAAUGGGAAUGGUGUCAAUGGACCUCUGACAUUCCAUCAAAGGCACUGCAAGCAACUGCUACUGCUAGACUGGAAGAACUAGCGACGCCUAAAACAUUACCAAAGAGCCACCAGCCAUCAAAACCAACCCAGUGGAUCAUAUCUAAAGCUACACUACAGCACAUAGCAACUGAUAGGCUAGCAAAGUUAGCUCAGGCAAAGCAAGUUCCUGGCUAUCAGAAGGAUUACAAUCCAAGGGCAUGGGUUGUUUCUAGGGCGGCACUGCUUGCCCAGCCAUCUCCACUAAUAGAAAAUCUUGCUAAACCAAUACCGAGGAAAUGCAGACAAAAGAAAGCUUGAACCGUAUUAGGAUAAGUAGUUUGGCAAGAGUGAAUUUUAAUUUUAAAAAAAUUAAAUAAUAAUAAUUAUGAAUGUGUUAUUAGUCUUGUUUUUGUUUCUUUCACUAUCAUCCAUUAUCACUAUUUAAACA